AUGGCGGUUGCUAAUGGAAGCGCCAUCCAUGCCAACGGUAUUGCUACCCGGCCUCUGAUCCUUUCCCUCGGCCAAAUUAGAGUUUCGAUCCCAGUUUCUACUCAAUCCAACGAAUGGAUCGCAGCAGAGGUCCUGCGCGAAGAAUUCAUUCACAAACAGUCUCUCCUAGAUGCAGUCGACACGACUGCCCAACUCGAUAACGAGCAAGACGCGGCCGUAGAGCUGUCUGCAUUGUUCCUUGGACACGUUGCAGCCAGCCUUCACGAGGACCCUCAGUCUGCAUCAGCACGCACCGCGUUGCUCCUUAAUCUCCUCAAGCAUUUUACGUCAUCAUACCUCGCAACCAAGGAUAUACACUCCUUGACCGCCUCAUACGAUACCGAGACUCGCAAGGCCGUUAUCUCGGCAUACGUCUCUGCAGUUGCUGCCCUUCAGCAGCGUGAUAUCCCUUUUCCUCGUCAACCAGAGUCCGCUCUCCUGAAUGCGGCUAGUUCAAAUAAAGCAUCCAUCUUCGCGUUGUUUGGUGGUCAGGGCACCAAUGAAGUGUAUUUUGAUGAGCUCCAGAGCUUGUACGACGUCUACAAGCCUUUCGUCGCGUCGUUCUUCAAGACAGUCACCGAAGACGUCCUUGUGCCUCUUGCAACUGAACACGAGGCGUUUUCUUUCUACACGUUCGGUUUGGACGUCGUUUCUUGGCUUUCGGGAGAGACUUCUCGCCCUUCAGUUGCAUAUCUCGCUUCCGUUCCCGUUUCCUUGCCUCUCAUUGGCCUCACCCAGCUUGUCCAGUAUCUUGUCGUCUGUCGUGUGUCAGGCCUCUCCCCAGGAGAGUUCCGUAGCCGCAUUGCAGGAGCAACCGGCCAUUCUCAAGGAAUCGUCGCUGCCGUAGCCGUCGCAGCAUCAGGUACAUUCGAAGAAUUUACGAACAAUUCCGUCAAGGCCCUCAAGUGGCUGUUCUUCUGCGGCCUUCGGGGUCAACACGCAUUCCCAGUUACAUCAGUAGAACCUAGCAUCGUCCAAGACGCGACAGAGGGUGGGGAGGGCACUCCUAGCCCCAUGUUGUCUGUCACCGGGCUGGGUCUGAAGGAGCUCCAGCCUCAUAUCACCAAGACGAACAAGCAUCUCCCAGAAAACUCUCAGCUUUUCGUUUCCCUGCAUAACGGACCCAAAGCCUUCGUCGUUACUGGUCCCCCAAAGGCUCUCUUCGGGCUUGUUACGAGUUUGAGGAAAGUCAAGGCCCCCAGUGGUCUUGAUCAAAGCAAGACGCCGUUUUCCCAGCGCAAACCGGUAUUCUCAAUUCGCUUUUUGGUCGUUGGUGUCCCGUACCACAGUGAUUAUCUGAAGGGAGCCACUGAGAAGCUUCUUUUGGAAGACCUUGGUGGUAAAGAGCUGUGGGAAGCCAAGGACUUGAAGAUUUCUGUAUUCAACACGGAAGAUGGCUCUGAUUUGCGCAACCUUUCGUCGUCCAUUACGCGUUCCUUGUGCGAGCAGAUCUUUACAUCACCUAUUCAUUGGACUAAGGCCACGAACUUCCCUGAGACGGCCACCCACGCGAUUGACUUCGGCCCAGGGGGUACUAGCGGUAUUGGCCCUCUGACUGCCAGAAACUUUAACGGACGCGGUGUUCGUGUCAUCCUCGCGGGUGUGAAAGGGAAAGGAGAUGCGGAGCUCUUCGAUGCGGCAGAUGUCAAAUACGAGGAAUGGUGGAGUAAGAAGUGGUCUCCAAGUCUCGUACGGACAAGUGAUGGUACCCUUCACCUCGACACUCCCUUCUCACGUCUCCUUGGGAAACCUCCGAUCAUGGUUGCUGGAAUGACUCCGUCCACAGUCAAAGCUGGCUUCGUCAGCGCUGUCCUCGACGCUGGAUACCACAUCGAAUUGGCUGGUGGUGGCCACUACAAUGCUGCUGCCCUUCGAUCCAAAGUUGCCGAGAUCCAGAAGCAGAUUCCCGCAGGUGUUGGGAUUACUCUCAACGCCUUGUACAUCAAUCCACGCCAAUUCACGUUCCAGUUCCCCUUGUGGCAAGAGAUGCGCAAGGAGGGUCUUCCUGUAGAAGGUUUCUGUGUUGCUGCUGGUAUUCCAACCACCGAGAAGGCUGUCGAAAUAAUUGAGGGUCUGCGAAGCGCUGGUAUCAAGCAUGUCGCCUUCAAGCCUGGCUCUGUUGAUGGUAUCAGGCAAGUCGUCAACAUUGCCGCUGCCAACCCCGACUUCCCAAUUAUUCUGCAAUGGACUGGAGGCCGCGCUGGUGGUCACCACUCCUACGAAGACUUCCAUCAGCCAGUCUUGUCUACGUACCGCUCUAUUCGUGCCCACGCCAACAUUUGUCUCGUUGGUGGUUCAGGAUUCGGUUCCGCUGAUGACGUCUGGGAAUAUCUGACGGGUGACUGGUCUGUUGAGCGAUUUGGCCUCCAGCCAAUGCCGUUUGACGGCUUCCUCUUCGCCAGUCGCGUUAUGGUGGCCAAGGAGGCCCAUACCAGCUCUUCUGUUAAGGAUCUUAUUGUUGCGGCGUCAGGUGUCGAUGACGGUGCUUGGGAAGGCACAUAUGCUAAGCCUACUGGAGGUAUAUUGACCGUCCGUUCGGAGUUGGGCGAGCCGAUUCACAAGGUUGCUACUCGUGGUGUGAAAUUGUGGAAGGAAUUCGAUGAUACGGUAUUCAAGCUGCCAAAGGAAAAGCGUGUGGCCUGGUUGAAGGAGCGGAGGGAUGAAGUCAUCGGCAAGUUGAACAAGGACUUCAGUAAGCCUUGGUUCGGGUGGAAGAAGGAUGGCAACAUUGCGACCGACCUCGGGGACAUGACAUACGAAGAGACUGUUCUGAGGAUGGUUAGGUUGAUGUUUGUUGCGCACCAGAAGCGUUGGGUGGAUGUUUCUUUGAGGAAUUUGACAGGAGAUUGGUUGAGGCGUGUUGAAGAGCGUUUUGCAGGCGUUAACGGCAGCGGUACCAAGGCCUCGAUCCUCCAGUCGUACACCUUGCUCGACGACCCCCUCCCAUUUGCCGACUCGUUCUUCAAGAAAUACCCUCUUGCUGCCGAGCAACUCCUCUCCGCUGAGGAUACAGCAUUCUUCCUGGCAAUUUCGCAGAGACCUGGACAGAAACCCGUUCCAUUUAUCCCUGUGCUUGACGCUUCGUUUGAGGUUUGGUUCAAGAAGGACUCGCUGUGGGCUGCUGAGGACAUCGAGGCGGUCUUUGAUCAAGAUCCCCAGAGAGUGUGCAUUCUCCAAGGCCCUGUGGCUGCGAAGUGGUCCGUUGUCAAGGACGAACCAGUCAAGGAGCUGCUUGGAAAUAUCAACUCUUCUCUGAUUCAACGGCUUCUCGAACGCAAGUACGGUGGAGACGCGUCAAAGGUUCCAACUAUCGACUAUCUUGCUGUGAAGCCUACCGCCGUUCCAUCUGAUCUAGCUGGCGUCCAACGCACGGAAGUCGAUGAAGAAGUUACCUUCCAAUUCGGUUCCAUUCUUCCUGAGGCUUCUGCGUGGCUCGAGGUUCUUGGCGGUCCUGAACUGAACUGGUUGAGGGCUCUCACCACAUCUACCACAAUCGUCCAAGGGGUCUCUUACAUCGACAAUCCACUCCGUCGCAUCCUUGCUCCUCGUCCAGGGCAAAAGGUUGUCGUGAACUACGAUGGAGCUGUCCCUUACUCCGUCACUGUUUAUGGUGCUGCGCGGUCGUAUGGACAGCACGUUGUCGACUUCAAGGCUCUGGAGAUAGAAUACGAUGACGAGUCGAAUCAGAUCGACGUUACUCUUUACGAGGAGCGCAAGGGCGUGUCUGUGCCUCUAUCGCUUCACUUCGAGUACAAACCUUCGCAAGGCUUCGCCCCCAUUCACGAGCUCUCUGACGGCCGUAACAAGCGCAUCAAAGAGUUCUACUGGAAGCUGUGGUAUGGAGACGACGCUACCCUCCCCAAGAUCGACAUCCAUGAAGCUUUCGUCGGCCCGGAGAUCACAAUUGAGGCAAAGGACGUGGAACAAUUUUGUGCUGUUGUUGGCAAUCAGGGCGAGUCUUUCAAGACCGUCAGAAACGAGAACGUUCAAGCCCCAAUGGAUUUCGCUAUCGUCACUGGCUGGAAGGCCAUCAUGAAGUCAAUCUUCCCUGCAGCAAUUGACGGAGAUCUCCUCAAACUCGUCCAUCUUUCCAAUGGCUUCCGCAUGGUCGAUGGAGCCAAACCCCUCCAGGUUGGAGAUGUCUGCAAGGCGGAAGCUCGCAUAGUUUCGGUCAUCAACGCCAAUGAAGGCAAGAUUGUCAAGGUCAAAGGCCACGUUUACCGUGAGGGAAAGAAGGUCAUCGAAGUUGUUUCUUCCUUCCUUUACCGUGGUCGCUUCAACGACUACGAGAACACCUUCGACACUACUGAGGAACCGGACUAUAUGGUACCUCUCGAGACCGAUGCCGAGGUUGGAGUGCUUCAAUCGAAGGAGUGGUUCGAAUGGGAGAAUGAAUCUUCUCCCCUCCUUGCAGGGACCUCUCUCAUCUUCCGCAUCCAGUCCAAGGUCUUCUUCAAGGAUAGAACUGCGUACCGCAACGUCUCAGUCUCAGGCGACAUCUUCGUUCGCAAUCAGCUCAAAGUUCUCGUCAAGGUGGGAUCGGUUGACUUCCAGCAGGAUGAUUCGCAGGGCAAUCCUGUCCUCGCCUAUCUUCAACGCCAUGGAUCCCCUCAAGGUCUCAUGGUGCCUUUGGCCAACGAUGGUUACACCCUCACGAACGCUGACAGCAGCACAACGUUCAGCGCUCCUCUCACCAACGAGCCGUACUCGAAGAUAUCUGGGGAUUUCAAUCCCAUUCAUAUUAACCCAUACUUCUCCGACUUCGCCUCUCUCCCUGCUACUAUCACUCAUGGUCUCUGGUCCAGCGCUGCCACUCGUCGAUAUGUGGAGAACGUGGUCGCAAAGGGCCACCCAGACCGUGUCAUUGCUUACAACGUCAAUUUCGUGGGUAUGGUCUUGCCCGGAGAUGAGAUCACCGUCAAGCUUCGCCACACGGGCAUGCUCGCCGGCAACAUCGUUGUGAGCGUUGAGACAAGCAACAGUCGUGGGGAGAAGGUGCUCCAGGGAACCGCAGAGGUUGCCCAGCCUACCACCGUUUACGUUUUUACGGGCCAGGGUUCGCAAGAGCCUGGCAUGGGUAUGGAUCUGUACAACAGCUCUCCUGCUGCGCGCGCUGUUUGGGAAGGCGCAGAUGCCCAUCUGCUUGCAGUUUAUGGCUUUUCUAUCGUCGAGAUCGUCAAGGACAACCCGAAGGAAAAGACGAUUCAUUUCGGAGGAAUCAAAGGUCAAGCUAUUCGCCAACGCUACAUGGACAUGACGUACGACACCACUGACAAGGACGGGCAUGUCAAGACGCUUCCUCUCUUUGCUGAUAUCGACGUCCGCACACCGAAGUACACCUUCAGCCACCCCAACGGUCUUCUCUUUGCCACCCAGUUCGCUCAAAUCGCCCUUGUCGUCACUGAGAAGGCUGCUUUCGAGGACAUGCGGAUGAAGGGCUUUGUUCAAAAGGACUGUGCAUUCGCUGGCCAUUCCCUUGGCGAGUACUCCGCGCUCGCUUCAAUCGCUGAUGUCCUUCACAUCUCUGCUCUCGUCGACGUUGUCUUCUACCGUGGAAUUACCAUGCAACGCGCUGUGGAACGUGACUCUGAAAACCGCUCCAACUAUGCCAUGUGCGCGGUGAAUCCAAGCCGCAUCUCACCAUCUUUCAGCGACGCAGCUUUGCGUGAAGUCGUCGAGUCCAUUGCAACUUUGACCGGUUCUCUUCUCGAAAUUGUCAACUAUAAUGUCGAGGGCCAACAAUACGUCUGCGCUGGAGAGCUUAUUGCUCUCCAAACCAUGACCAACGUCCUGAACUUCAUCAAGGUUCAGAAGAUUGACAUCGCUAAGUUGACGGAGACAUAUACGGUUGAGAAAGUGAAGGAGAUACUUGGCGACAUCGUCAAGUCUUGCUACGAAAAGGCUCAGGAGCAGCAGAAGGCCGAAGGCUACAUCAAGCUUGAGCGUGGCUUUGCUACCAUUCCCUUGCCCGGUAUCGACGUGCCUUUCCAUUCGCGUUAUCUUUGGGCUGGUGUCCUACCUUUCCGUGCAUAUCUAUCAAAGAAGAUCAAUGCCAAUCAGCUCAACCCCGACAUGUUGGUUGGGAAAUACAUUCCAAAUCUUAUCGCAAAACCUUUCGAUGUUUCGCGCGAGUACGCUCAGAUUAUCUACGACCAAACUUCUUCGCCACGCUUGGACAAGGUUCUCAGAAAAUGGGAACAAGACAAUUGGGCUAGCCCAGACAAUCGCCAAAAACUGGCUUAUAUCAUUCUUGUCGAAUUGCUCGCCUACCAGUUCGCGUCGCCUGUGCGUUGGAUUGAGACUCAGGACCUUCUCUUCACCAAGUUCGCCUUCGAACGGUUGGUGGAGCUCGGCCCAUCGCCUACUCUUACUGGCAUGGCUUCACGGACUCUCAAGGCUAAGUACGAAACCGCCGACGGUUCUAUCAGUCGGUCUCGUGCCAUUCUCUGUCAUGCAAAGAACGUGAAAGAGAUUUACUAUCAAUUUGAGGAUGAACUUGAGGCCGAGACUCCUGCAGCCGAAGCCCCCUCCAGCGAAGCAUCUGCUACUCCUGCAGCAGUCUCAGUCGCUGCCCCACCGCCAGUUGCAUCAUCAGGUCCCGUCGCGUCCAUUGAAGACGUUCCCGUUAAAGCCAUCGAGAUCCUUCUCGUUAUUGUUGCCCAGAAGUUGAAGAAAAGGGUCGACGAAGUGCCUCUGACCAAGUCAAUCAAGGACCUUGUUGGUGGCAAAUCUACCCUUCAAAAUGAGAUUCUCGGCGAUCUCCAGCAGGAGUUCUCUUCUGCUCCGGAGAAGGGUGAGGAAUUGCCCCUCGAGGAACUUGGCUCUGCUUUGGGCACUGGCUUCAGUGGCUCGCUUGGAAAGUAUACCACUGGCUUGGUCUCGCGAGUCAUCGGUGGCAAGAUGCCUGGUGGAUUCAAUUCCUCUGCCAUCAAGGCAUAUUUGGCAAAGAGCUGGGGUCUUGGGCCGUCACGUUCAGACAGCGUCCUCCUCCUUGCAACGACUCUGGAGCCCCCCAAACGUCUGACUUCCGAGCCUGAGGCAAAGGCCUGGCUUGACGGCGUUGUUUCAGUGUAUGCUCAACGCUCCGGCAUUUCGCUAUCUGCUCCAGGGGCUGGCGGUGCCGCUGGUGGUGCUGCUGGUGGCGCUACCAUCAAUAGUGAGGAAUUCCUGAAGUUCCAGGCAGAUCAAGAGAAAUUCGCGGCCCAGCACGUCGAGCUGUACAUGCGGUACCUCAAUCGCGAUUCCCGCGCUGGCGAAAUUGUGUUCGAUCAAGAAAAGGCUAACAACGUCACUCUCCAGGCCAAACUCGACAGCAUCACGCGCGAGCAUGGUGACACGUAUAUCGAUGGUAUCCAACCUCGCUUUGACCCUCUGAAGGCCCGCCAUUUCGACUCUUCUUGGAAUUGGGUUCGCCAAGAUGCUUUACUCAUGUGGUUCGACAUGAUUUUCGGUCGUUUAACCACCGUCGAUCGCGAAAUUACAGCCCGCUGCAUCUCUCUCCUUAAUCGUGCGGAUCCUGCCAUGCUUCAGUACAUGCAGUACAAUGUCGACCGCUGCGAUCCAUCGAAGGGAGAAACCUACAAGCUUGCCAAGGAAUUCGGCCAGCAACUCAUCAACAAUACUCGUGAAGUCAUUGGCAAGCCCCCUGUUUAUAAAGAUGUGACAUUCCCAACCGCCCCCCAUACUGAGGUGACCGAGAAGGGCGAGAUUGUCUACUCCGAGGUUGUUCGCGAGAAUGUGCGUAAACUUGAGGCCUACGUGGAAGAAAUGGCCAGUGGCGACACCGUUUCUGGUGCCGUCAACAUCCAGAAGGUUCAAGAUGAUGUCGUCAAACUUUGGACCGUAGUGAAGUCUCUUCCCGAAAUUAGUGUGGACCAGAAGAAUCGCAUCAAGGCAUUGUAUGAGGGUGUCGUCCGCUCCCUUCACAAGGGCCCAGAGUCUCGCCCCAGAUCGGUCACUCGCAGUCGUCGCUCAUCUUCUCAAUUCCUUCGUCCUCAGGUCACUGGAGUUCCCGCAGUUACUUCCCUCGCAUCCGACAAAAUACCUCUGCUCCACCUGAAGCGCAGGGUGGGUAGUACGUGGGAAUACAGCAGCAACCUGACCGGCGUAUACCUUGACAUUUUGCACGAGAUUGCCACUUCCGGAACGACUUUCAAGGACAAGAACGCGCUACUGACAGGAGUGGGUAAGGGAUCAAUUGGUAUCGAGAUUGUGAAGGGUUUGCUCGCUGGAGGAGCACAUGUCGUGAUCACGACAUCCAGUUACAACCGCAAGACUGUCGAAUAUUACCAGUCCAUCUUCCAGUCAGUUGGCAGCCGAGGAUCUGCUCUCACCGUCGUUCCAUUCAAUCAAGCCUCCAAGCAGGAUGUUGAGGCCCUGGUGGAUUACAUUUACGCCAACCUCGGCAUGGACUUGGACUACAUCUUGCCCUUCGCUGGUAUCCCCGAGAACGGUCGCGAAAUCGAUGGACUUGAUGACAGGUCAGAACUCGCCCACCGCAUGAUGCUCGUCAAUCUCCUUCGCAUUUUGGGCGCGGUCAAGAACAAGAAGGCUAGCAGGCACUUCGUUACUCGGCCUACGCAAGUCAUCCUCCCGUUGUCUCCUAAUCAUGGUCUGUUUGGCAACGAUGGUCUUUAUUCCGAGUCCAAGAUCUCUUUGGAAACCCUUUUCCAACGUUGGGCUUCUGAGAGCUGGGGCGAAUACCUCUGUCUUGCUGGUGCAGUCAUUGGGUGGACUCGAGGCACAGGCUUGAUGGGUCCAACAAACAUCGUCGCUCACGAGUUGGAAAGCUACGGUGUUCGAACCUUUUCUUCGAAGGAAAUGGCAUUCAACAUUCUCGGUUUAAUGCAUCCCCUGCUCUUCAGCAUCACUCAAGUCGAGCCGAUCUGGGCUGAUUUGAAUGGUGGUAUGGAUCGUCUUCCCGACCUCGCCGAUAUCACCUCCCGCAUUCGCACCAAGCUCAAUAAGAAGGCUGAUCUCCGGCGUGCGGUUGCCCGCGACAAUGCGGCGGAUUUCAAAGUCAUCAACGGCACAGAAGCCGAGCGACUCAUCCAGACCAUUGAUGUCCUCCCUCGCGCUAACUUCCGCUUCGAAUUCCCCUCGCUUGAAUCUGCUUCGAGUCUGAAUGAAUUGUCCCAUCUGCGCGGCUUGAUCGAUCUUGAGAAAGUAGUCGUGAUCACGGGCUUCGCUGAGGUUGGACCCUGGGGUAGCGCUCGAACACGAUGGGAGAUGGAGGCACGAGGGGAGUUCACGAUUGAAGGUUGCAUCGAGAUGGCUUGGAUGACUGGGCACAUCAAGCACUUUGACGGACGUUUGAAGGAUGGGUCCCUCUAUGUUGGAUGGGUUGAUACCAAGACGAAUGAACCUAUCGACGACAAGGACGUAAAGGGUCGUUAUGAGAAGGAUAUUCUUGCUCAUGCCGGUGUUCGACUAAUUGAACCCGAACUCUUCCGUGGAUACGAUCCAACGAAGAAGGUAUUCAACCAAGAAGUCGAGCUUACUCAUGACUUGGAAGCGAUCGAAGUUUCCGACUCUGAAGCACAGAAAUUCAAACUCCAGCACGGCGAUAAAUGUGAUGUUUGGGCUGGUGAGAGUGGACAGUGGUUCGCCAAGUUCAAGAAGGGUGCCUGUGUCUUUGUCCCCAAGGCGUUCAAAUUCAGUCGCACAGUCGCAGGUCAGAUUCCAACGGGAUGGGACGCUGGUCGCUAUGGUAUUCCCGAGGACAUUAUUGCACAGACUGAUCGUGCCACCCUCUGGGCCCUCGUUUGCACCGCUGAAGCUCUCGCCUCGUCCGGAAUCACCGACCCAUACGAAUUGUACAAGCACAUGCAUCCUUCUGAUGUGGGAACGUCGUUGGGUAGUGGAAUGGGAGGGGUCAGCAGUAUGGCAAAGAUGUUCAAGGAUCGUCGUGACGAGCGUGAGGUCCAGAACGACAUUUUGCAAGAGACAUUCAUCAACACUACUGCUGGAUGGAUCAACUUGUUACUCCUCUCAUCCAGCGGUCCAGUGAAGAUCCCUGUCGGAGCCUGCGCAACGGCUUUGCAAUCCCUGGAAAUCGCUAGCGACUGUAUUCUGUCUGGCAAAGCCAAAGUCAUGAUAGCCGGCGGCUUCGACGACAUCAGCGAGGAGGGUUCAUAUGAGUUUGCGAACAUGAAAGCCACCAGCAACGCCGAAACCGAAUUUGCUAUGGGCCGCGAACCUACAGAAAUGUCUCGCCCUGCAACCACCUCUCGUGCAGGUUUCAUGGAAUCUCAGGGUACUGGUGUUCAUAUUGUGAUGAAUGCGAAGACUGCACUGGAACUCGGUGCUCCAAUUCGUGGUAUUCUUGCUUUCACAUCUACGUCCACUGACAAAGCAGGUCGCUCUGUACCUGCACCUGGCCGUGGUGCUCUCACUGUUGCCCGACAAGUCCCUUCAAAACACCCCUCGCUUAUCUUGGAUGUUGCAUACCGUUCUCGUCAACUUUCGUUCCGUCGCUCACAAAUCUCUCAAUGGUUAUCGCACGAACACGCUCAGCUGCAGGAAGAAAUCGCAUAUCGCAAGGUCGAGGGGGAAACUAUUGAAGACGACUUCUUCUCAGCUCGCGUUGCAAACAUCGAAGCGGAGGCCGUACGCCAGGAGAAGGACGCUCUCGCCAUGUAUGGUAUGCUAGAAGGUUCCGAUCCACACAUCGCCCCUCUUCGUCGAGCGCUCGCUGUUUGGGGUCUUACGGCAGACGACAUCGGUGUGCUAUCCAUCCAUGGCACCAGUACCAAUGCAAACGAGGAGAAUGAAACUCGCAUUUGGAAUGACAUUUUCACCACCAUCUCACGGACUCCAGGCAACGCCGUGCCAAUUGUUGCGCAAAAGAGUCUUCUUGGCCACUCGAAGGGAGGAUCCGCUGCAUGGCAGAUGGCAGGCCUUCUUCAAUCGGUGAUCACGGGGAUCAUUCCUGGGAACAGGAAUAGCGACAACAUUGAUUCUCACUUCCAAGAUCGGCAAUUCUUGAUGUUCCCGUCUAGGUCGAUUCGUACAGACGGCAUUCGUGCAGGUGUCAUGUCUUCCUUUGGAUUCGGGCAAGUUGGUGGUACAGCCAUGGUUCUGCAUCCCCGUUAUCUCUUCGGUGCUCUGGAGCCCACAUAUUAUGAAGGGUAUAAGAAUCGCAACCGUGUCCGCGCCUUACAGUCUUACAAAGCCAUGAGCGACAUGAUGAUCAAGAACUCCCUCGUCAAGGUCAAGGAACACCCCCCUUACAUUGGCGAAAUGGAGGGUAAAACCUUGUUGAACUCAAUGGCACGCACGACGUUUGAUCCCAAAACCGGGGAGUACUCGUUCAAGAAGCUCGCCAACGAAGUUCCUCUGGAUCUUGGGAACCUUAAGGCGGUCUCUGACAUUGCAGCCGCUGGCGGGCUAGGUGUUGAUACGCCAGUCGGCGUUGGCGUUGACCAAGAACUUAUCUCCGCCGUUCCUUCUCACAACCCCACCUUCGUGGCCAGAAAUUUCACAGACGCUGAGAUCACUUACUGCCAAAAGCAACCAUCUCCCCCUUCAUCCUUCGCCGCACGGUGGGCGGGUAAGGAGGCCGUCUUCAAAUCACUUGGUGUCAAGUCAAAGGGCGCUGCUGCCGCGAUGAAGGACAUUGAGAUCCUCAACGACGCAUCUGGGGUUCCAACCGUUCACCUACACGGCGAUGCCAAAGCAGAGGCUGAGAAGCGGGGUAUCUCUAAAGUUUUGAUUUCGCUCAGCCACUCAGAGACCGUUGCCAUCGCUUUCGCUCAUGCAUCUUCAUAG